AAGAGAGUUAAGAAUCUGAAUUAGGAUGAUGUACUUAUUGAGAAUUAUCCGAUUUUCCGGAUAUUUAUCCGGAUUUUGCCCACCUCUACAUUCGGUUAAUAAUUAUUCGCAGUCUUAAAAGCUUACUCGGUAUGUCAAAGCUUGCCUUUCUUCAUUGCUGAUACACUGCAGUUUGAGUUUGAGAGUAAUGGCUGAAAGACUUCGUAUCAAGUUUCUGGGAACAUCAGUUGAUCCAUGUUCGCAAGUUACCCCUCAUGACAAUGUCAGUCUUCUCACUUCAACGAAGGCCGAUUCAAAGGUCAUGGAACAAGGGAAGCAACUGUUUGAUCAUUUUAUCGCCGACCGUAUGAGCAAAGGGCAGGAUGAUUCCUCCAUGUAAGAGAUGAUUUCUCACUGUCCGAACUUGCAGACUUACUCUUCUCUAUGAUGUCUGACUCGAAGAACUUGGAGGAAGAUAUCAUUGUUAUGUUUUACUUUUGCCUCGAUCUCACGGAACGCGCAUGCGUGAGUAACUCUAACAACUUCCGCCAUCUCGUGUCCUACUGCAAGGAGCUGGUGACGUCAGCGGUUGGUCCUCGGGUACAGGACCACGGGGGGUGGAGAGAAGUGGUGCAGCUGACGACCAGCCUGUUACUGAGUCCCCAGACGACCUCCCUCCUUGUGCUGGCGAAGGCUGGCCUGGUGGUCGCACGCGCUUUGACGUCAUCAGCACCGCGAGAUCCUGAGGACUUGGGCACGGAAGUGUGAUGUACCUACUCAAGUGGAGCUACAGGGACUGGACACCCUUAUGUACUUUGUUUGACCUAAAACAGGUCACGUUAGCUCUUUUGAAAGGACCUGGUUUAAGCUAAAACGUUGUGGACAGAGCUGUUUCACUCACCGUUUGGGCCUCAACAGACUGUUGCCCCCAGAGCCCACGAUCAAUGGGCGGAACUUUUGUAUUUGAAAAGUAAAGUUCAUUAAAUGUUUUGAAAUUGUGACCUCUA